AUUAUGAUUUAAUUCCUAAAUAUUUACGUAAAUUAGGAGCAGUUUACGAUGCAGUAGCACAUGAGGCUAAGAAUAUGGCCCACGCUUAUACAAUUGCUGGAGAAUGUCUAUGUCAUUCAUCUGAUAAUCAUACUUCUCCUGUGCAAAAUUACGUUGUAGUCAAUUAUAGAAAAAGAGGCGUUCCUUAUGAGCAAGCAAGACGAUUUCAUAUCUAUGAUCAAGAUUAA